GGAACAGAAUGGGCCAGGGAGGCUCCAACCCAGCCGCAGUUCCACACGCCGCUGAAGACAUUCAGGGAGACGACAGGUGGAUGUCGCAGCACAAUAGGUUUGUCUUGGACUGCAAAGACAAGGAGCCCGAUGUGCUCUUCGUGGGUGACUCCAUGGUGCAGUUGCUUCAGCAGUAUGAGAUAUGGCGAGAGCUCUUCUCACCGCUUCACGCGUUGAAUUUUGGGAUUGGUGGAGACACUACAGGACACGUUCUAUGGAGACUGAAGAAUGGUGAACUGGAGAACAUUAAACCGAAGGUCAUUGUUGUUUGGGUUGGAACAAAUAAUCACGAAAACACAGCAGAAGAAGUCGCAGGUGGAAUCGAGGCUAUCGUGCGCCUGAUAAACACCCAGCAGCCACAGGCCAAAGUUAUUGUACUGGGCCUGCUACCUCGUGGAGAGAAGCCAAACCCUCUGCGGCAGAAGAAUGCCAAGGUGAACCAUCUGCUAAAAGCCUCGCUCCCCAAACUGCCCAACGUCCAGCUUCUGGAUGUGGACGUCGGCUUCGUGCACUCGGAUGGCACCAUCUCGUACCACGACAUGUUCGACUUCCUGCACCUGACGGGAGGGGGCUACGCAAAGAUCUGCAAACCCCUCCAUGAACUGAUCAUGCAGCUGCUGGAGGAGACCCCCGAGGAGAAACGAGCUGCCCUGGCCUGAGUAGCUGCUGUCAGCGUUAACAGCAUCAUCCAGCCCAUCAGAUCAGUUCUGUCACUGGCACUACAGAAUCCUUCUUUCUUAAAGCACUUUCCAUUGUAGAAUGUUACCGGAUGUUCGUACCUAGUGUUUUGAGGGGGAAGGCUAAUGUUUAACUGGUCUUGUACAUACGAGGGCCGGCUUGGUUGGUUUUAUUGCAGGAGGAAAUUAGCUGAAGAAGAGUUUUACUUUUAAACCAUUCCUCAUUUAAAACGAGAACAGGACUGUCACUCUGUGCCCCUCUCAUGUCUUGUUGCUCUGUGGUUGUCCUAGAACCCUUUGUAGCCUGUCUCUGACAGCCCGCGCACAGCUCCUGGCUCACCGCUCCUGGCUGUAGGGAUUCUGCUCUGUCUAGUAGCCUGUCAACAAGAAAUCACAUUCCACUUGCAAAAGCCAGAACAGAUGCAUUUUUCCAAACUCGGUCCCACCUUUUAAAGUUCUUUUGGGGUUGUUUUUUUGAUUUUGUUUUGGUGUUUUUUUUUUUUUUCCUGGUGGGGUUUUAAGUGACACGUGUUGCUUUCUCACUCCUCCUUUCUGAAGCAGCGUGAAACUGGAAUUCAGAAAUGUAAGGAAAGGAACGGCUGACCGAACUGGUGUGACACUCCCAGGUGCUUGUUCUUGUGCUUAUUUCACGGUGCCCACUAGCCUGGGCACCCUUCCUCCCACCUGGCUUUCCCUGGGGGCAGCCCUCUUUGGUGCUGCUGGCUGUCCUGUUCUCCGCUCCUGUCCCUGUGUGGUGUCGCUGGCUUUUAACCGUUGCUCAGUUUAGGAUUUUAAUUACCCAGUAAGCACCGCGCAAGGCAGUCGCUUCCUCGCUACUCUAGAACGGACGCUUCGUUCCCCUGAGACGCGUGUGCCACAGGGCUCUCUGCAGUGCUGUUCGUUGUUCUCUCUGGGUUUGUUGUUUUGGGGUUUUUUUUAGGUAUGACUGUUACGUCCUUUCUUUCUGAAGGAAGCCCAUAUGAAUAGCCUCUGUCUGCAAGGCCUAAAUCAGUCUGAAGCUUUAUGGAUUCCAAGGUGUAUAUUUCUUUAUCGCUUCUGUUUUACUUGUAUAAACAUUUUAUUUGAGCAACUGCAGCCUCUUACAGUAAAAAGUGAGGUCGAGGUGUAGCUUUUCCUGCCCUGGACGCUGCUCCUCGCCCCUCGCCAAGGGAGCCGGAGGGGCAGGUGCCCUGCUGGAGGGGCUGUGACCAGGCGGGAUUUCGGUUUGGUUUUUUUGGUUACCAGGGCUGGUUGUAGUCUACUAGCGAUCCUAUGAAAACAGCCUUUCAUUCAAAAGUGAGAGGUUCUUCUUUUUCAGAAAGAAACUGGUUUGGACCCGAAAGGCAGAGCCCUAGAUGACUUAGAUAACUCUACUUGCAAAUAAAACAAUUUUAAACAAAGUCUGUUCCUCCUUGGCUUACCUGCCAGA